UACAUAAUAAAAUAUCGAUUUUUAUUUCAACACUGAGAACAGAGCUUUAAGUAUUUAAUAGUUAGUAUUACGGUAUCAGUAUCGGUUCAUAAGAUACGUGUGGUGUAAGUGUGUUGAUAUUAACUAUUAUUUCUCUAAAAUAACAUAUGAUUAAUUCUGUAUAUAUGUAUUUUAUGUAUAUAUAAAAUAAUAUAAUGAAGUCAUCAAGAUUAGCACAUAUAUUUUCAUUUAUCUUAAUGGUGAACAUUGUGUCAUCGGAAUUUUCAGCUGAUGAUUGUAAAAGUUUAGGUUUCAAUAAAGCUAAUUUACUUUGUUCUACCUGUGAGGAAUUUAAUAAACAUGGUUUAACAGAAAUAUUGAGUAAUUGCAAAGAAUGUUGUUUGAAAGACGAUGAUUAUGAUGCAUCUGGGUUAAAAAAAUACCCACGUGCUGUCCUUGAAGUAUGCACAUGCAAGUUUGGUACAUAUCCACAAAUACAAGCUUUCAUAAAAAGUGACCGACCUAGCAAAUACAAAAAUUUACAAAUAAAAUAUGUUAGAGGCUUAGAUCCAAUAAUUAAAUUAUUAGAUGCGGAUAAUAAAGUUGAAGAUAUUUUAGACAUACACAAAUGGGAUACUGAUUCUGUUGAUGAAUUUUUAGCAACUCAUCUUUCGAUGGAUUAAUAUUAUCAUUGAUAAUGGUAUAUAUUUAAGUUUUAUUAUUAAGUGUAAAUAAUCAUGUUUGUUAUGUAAUUUACGUUCAAAAAGUAUUUUUAAUUAGAUCACUGCUCCUCCCUGUCUUAAGAAUUCUUUAAUUCUAUGAUAUUAAAAAAAUACUUUGUAACAACACUAUAUAAAUGGUAUUCAUAUUAAAAAGGUGCAAAAUAAAACUUAUUAUUUUUUAGACCA